GUUGCCGGACGUGGGCCGUUCAUUGGUGAAUUGAUUUGCAUCAAGCUUUCAUCUUUUGUGGCUUAAAACGCAAACUCAUUCAUUUACAGCGACCAUCGACAUGUAACGGUUUAAAAAAAAAGUACUUUUGUUCUGAAUCGACCGUUAACGUGUGUGUGUGUGUGUGUGUGAAAGAAAGAGAGGAGCUAACGUUAACCGCUCCUCUCCUCCCGGUUGUCGCUGCUCUGUUUCCGCUAUGGGCGGCUCUCUUCUCCCGCUGUUCGUCGUCGUGCUGACAGUCCGGUCGGCUGUCGGAGACCCGGCGGGAUCCGCUCAUGUCGACGGAGCUCCGCCUUCUAAAAUAGCGGUGGUCGGGGCGGGCAUAGGAGGCAGCGCCACCGCCCAUUUCCUGCGGCAGCACUUUGGCCCUGAAGUGCAGGUGGACGUGUUUGAGAAAGGGGAGGUUGGAGGUCGUCUCGCCACUGUAACCGUGAACCAUCUUGACUACGAGUCGGGAGGUUCCAUCAUUCACUCCCUGAACCUCCACAUGCAGGAAUUUGUCAAACAGCUAGGUUUAAAGUAUCGUCGCAGCGUCGCAGGUAAGACGGCGGUGUUUAACGGCGAAGAGGUGAUUCUGGAGGAGACAGACUGGUACCUGCUGGACCUGUUUCGGCUGUGGUGGCGCUAUGGCAUUAGCUUCAUGCGCCUGCAGAUGUGGGUGGAGGAAAUUAUGGAGAAAUUCAUGAGGAUCUACAAGUACCAGGCCCAUGGCUAUGCCUUCAGCUCGGUGGAGGAACUCCUCGACUCUCUCGGUGGGAGCGGCUUCAUCAACAUGACCCGAAGGCCGCUCUCUGAUUCGCUGCUGGAGCUGGGUGUGUCGCAGCGCUUCAUCGACGAGGUCAUCGCGCCCGUCAUGAGGGUCAACUACGGACAGAAUGUCAGCAUCCCCGCCUUUGUAGGCGCUGUGUCUUUAGCUGGUGCCCAGAACAACCUGUGGGCGGUGGAAGGAGGCAACAAGCUGGUGUGUUCUGGCCUGUUGAAGAUGGCCAAUGCUAACCUGCUGCAAGCACAAGUCAACUCCAUCUCCCCAGUCUACUCAGCGGAGGCGCCCCAGUACCAGUUGAGCUUCACCACAGCAGCAGGGACGGGAUCAGAGCUGUAUGACAUUGUAGUGUUGGCGACGCCGCUCCAGGAAAGUGUCAGGUCCGGAGUCCACUUCCAAGGUUUCACCCCUGCCUUUGAGCAGCUUCCCGGCAGCUAUCACAGCACUGUAGCAACCAUUGUCCAUGGUUACCUCAACACCUCUUACUUUGGUUUCCUGGAUCCCCGCCUGUUCCCCUUUGCCAGCGUCUUGACAACUGAGACACCCGAUCUGUUUUUCAACAGCGUAGCUAGCGUUUGUCCAGUCAACAUCUCGGCGGGCUUCAGGCGUAAGCAGCCACAAGAGGCUGGAGUCUAUAAAGUGUUCUCGCCACAACCUCUGGACAAGACUCAACUCAAAACACUCUUCAGGUCGUACUACUCAGUGCAGGUGACAGAGUGGCAGGCCUACCCCAGUUAUGGCAGCAGCCAGGGACUGCCGCCUGUGGAGCUCCACCCCAAUCUCUACUACCUCAAUGGCAUCGAGUUGGCCGGCAGUGCCAUGGAGAUGAGCUCAGUGGCCGCCAAGAACAUCGCCCUGCUGGCUUACCACCGCUGGAACAGACAGACAGACAUGGUGGACCAGAGAGACCUGAUGCACAGGAUCAAGACUGAGCUAUGACCUGGUCAGCUGAAAGCAUGCCUCAGCGAAGGUUACUCCUAAAUGUGUUUAUGUGGGGAAGCAGAGAAAGGGUUUAUGGGUAACUGAAGCUCUCAUAGCUACAUGCACACACAUCCAAAGUAUUAACUACACUCAAUUAAAUUUUAUGUCCUGCUGAAUUCUGAGCCAGGGAGAUUCUCGUAUUAGAGUACUUAGCUGUUACAGGUUGUCUUGUGAGAAGUCUUCAGUGUAUUUACAGACACAUCCGAGCAGUAUAUUACUACAUUAUUACUGAUACAACAAAUUAAUCAUUAAUAUAUUGAACAUAAUCUGACCCUGCCUUAUCUUCAAUAAGCUUAAACACACAUUGUCAUACAGAAAAACAAGCAAGUAUCAAAGUCAAAUCAAGUGUAAAACUCAUCUUAAUCGGGCCACUCAAGCCGACAGUGCUACUGUCCAAAGCCCAGCUUCAUUUUGCUGAUUGCGUCGUUUUCUGUGCCAGCGACAUUUCCGAUAUAUGAAACAUAUCGAAGUACUGGUUGAGGAUUGAUUGCUAAUGCUAAUUAGUGGUUUCGCCCAAAAAAAAUCUGCUUUUCUUUGCCAAGAAAUAAGGAAAAUAAGCAAACAUGGAAAACACCAGCUAAUAUUUAAUCUCAGUAGAGAGUGAACUGACUGUUAGGAGGCUGUUUUAUUGAGUUGCCGUUGGUGUAACUGAACAUCAGUUAAUAUGAGUAUCAGGUCAUUGGAUCUGCUCUGUGUAAAUAAAUAAUCCUGUAUGCAAGUCAAGAAUCAGUGCACCUGCGAAUCAGUAUUGAGAGCAUGUAUUUAAAAAGGCUGUGAGAUAUGAGACAGACCAGUGAACAUAAACACCACUCUGUCAUAUAAUCAAAAACAACUGCAGCACUCCUGUUACUGUAUAAAUUUAAGUUCUGUUAAUGCACUUGCUGUUGGCGUGAACUGUUCCAAGGAGAUCUCAUUUGUAAAUUAAAAUCAUUAUUCAGUGACUCAUGGUAGUGGCCACUGGUGCUGUGCUCUAUUGCCCCCUUUCAUCAGACUGUUUCAUUAUCUCCCCCCUUCCUGCUGCUUUUGUUGCAUAAUCCAGCGGAAAGAAUUUUUUUUGAGGAAUGGAGCCAACAAGCUUUCACACUGGACCAAAUAAAAGCAUGAGGACAGAUCUGUGGAGCUGCCGCUGGUGAUGAUGGCACAAAAGCCUUGUUGGGAUCCUGCAUUUUUAUUGAGUACUGUAAUCUUGAGAAAACACAUACAAAGAUUUAGAGUUGGACGUUCACUUCCAGAAAUGGCAAGUGUCUAUAAAAGAUGGUGUGAUGAUAUGAUAGGAAAACCACUGACUGUUGAUUAUCCUCAUAAGACUUUGAGAAAUGCCUUGUUUUAUUCAUUACUAAUUUAUAAACAGGUUUUGGACUGAAGUGGAUUUUCUGGAUUCAGAAAAACUUAACUGUUGUCAUCUGAAAACCUUGUGACUUCAAAGGGCUUCAUUUGAUGUAUAAUGUGAUUGUGUCAUGUGAUGGGAAAACAUCACAACCCUUUAAUCUGAUGAAAUUGCUUCAAAACGCUGCAAUGGUGUCAGAAAUGGUCGGGCUGAAAUGAAGGUCGUUUAUUUUCGAUUCUGAACAGCCGACUUUGUUAAAAUUCACUCUGCAGCAGCUUCUGUGUGUACAACAUUAAUAAAUAUUUGUAGCAAUACCGUCUUUACAUGCUGUAAAACAAAUACACACAGUGAGCAUUAUGGAGCCAUCGAAAGAAAAAACAGUCCCAGUUCGAGGUCUUCAUCGUCAGAUAGAAUUUGCUCUGUUGGUGGUGAACCUCUCGUCCAGGUUGGCCCUUAACUUUGAGCAUGAUGAAACCGGUGUGCUACGGUUGAAAAGACUAGUAAGUGCACCUUUUGUUGGGAUUGUUUCCAAGGGCGACAAUGAACUUUAAUGCAUAACUUCUGAGCCAGCAAGUCCUUAAAGUGCUGUGGACGUAAUCAGCUCAACAGAUCUGCUGAUAAGAAAAAAGCUAAUAAGUGAAUAUUGAGUUGGGAUUGUUCUGCCAAAACAAUUUUUUCCAAGGUCAGAAUGAACUUUAAUAUUUGAUAUUAUGGAUAUUUUACACAGCGAGUACGAGUGCAGGAUGAAGUUUAGUCUUAAAACAAUGAAAGACAAGUAGUUGGAAUACCACCCUUGAAAACAAAGGUACAGUUUGUAUAUUUUUCAAGAGAUUUGGGGCAGUUGUGGAAGAAGUACUAAGAUCUAUGGAGUGAAAAGUACAAUUAGGGCUGCACAAUUAAUCGAAAUAUUAUUGAAAUUGCAAUAUGCAAAUCUCAAGAGCUGUAAUGUUUUCAUAAAGGUCAAAUGUGUUACAAAACAGCAUUAUAAUGAAGUACUGUACUUAUAAUCUCGAGAAUUAAGAAAACAUUUUUGUUUCGUACGGACCCCCCAAAAUGUCACAUCAUCAUGAUUUUAAUCAGUUUCUUUAGUGACAGUUCAAUUUGUGAUGAAAAAUGAUAAUUCCCACAUAAUCGUGAAUUGCAAUAUCUGUCAAAAUAAUCAUAUUAUGAUGUUUUGACUGUAUCGUGCAGCAAGUAUAAUAUCUCUCUGAAAUGUAGUUCUAGCAGAAAAUUACAUAAAUAGUCCAAAACAUGCUUUUAUUACUUCAACCCCACUGACGAUUACAUUGAUUGAGUUGUUUCUAUAAACAGGAUUUAUAUUUUGUUUAACUACAGAUUUGUGCACGUUCAUUCUCGACCUUAGGAAUAGUAGUUUGACAAAUAAUUUUGCCUCAAGGUCCACCUGUUAGCUUUUUUGCAGAACUUUUAACUGCAUUUUAUAGACCUUGUGGAUAGUCUUUGAGUUGUCUUCAGAUGGACUGACAAACUGAGCAAUCUCCACCCACUGAGGAAGAUCGUGAGAUGCGAUUAAAAGCUACGACAACAACAGAUUUGGUGUCACAUCUAACCACUGAUGCUCUACAAACUUUACUUUCUGCUGAAUACGGCAUGUAUCAACAUAUUUCAUCUGCUGAUAAACAGUAAUGCUGCUGUUA